CGACUCCGUCCUUUUCCGUGUCUUUCAAGUUCCCUGCUCCCACUUGAGUUACUGGCUUCUAUGCUCAUUUCCCUAGAAUCUUCAUUGCUAGCUAGGCAUGGGGAUCAUCACUCGCUGAACAUAUUUUCACUUGAAAGGUUCUGCCAUUCCGACUCCGAUAGGAGCGUUGAGUCGAUCUUCCAGACCCCGCCCCCGUCUGUUCCCCCGACAGGGUAACCUCGCAACGCAUCAAGCAAUCGCUGGGCAGCCUCGGCUUACAGGGGUGUCAUCAGCGUUUUCCUCAGUUUGAGUACCGCUAUCUCGUCGCCCGUGCUCUCAAGGACGCCGCUCUUCCGCAUUUCACCACGAUUUGAUAAAGGAUCAUACUGGGUUCCGGAGCGAGCACCGAUAUGCUCGGAUCCGGGAACCCUCGGUGACUUAUAAAACGAAUUAAUAACUGCUUGGGCGCUGGCUGCGAACAUGUAUUCCGAAGGACAUGGCUCUUCGGAUGCCGCCAGCAGUUCUCAAGAACAGCAGGGUCCUGCAUCGCCUUCCACGCCGGAUACACCGCCUCCCAUGCUGACGAACCUGACCUUCCUUGAUCGCCUCGAGAUGAUCUCCACGCGCAUACCUGAUGUCUGGAUUACACCCUUCUGUGGAGCUAGUGCGGGUGUAGCGUCGGGUAUAGUGACCUGUCCCUUGGAUGUGAUCAAGACCAAACUGCAGGCUCAAGGUGGAUUCGCACGACGGCGCGGCAAGGCGGUCGAAACGAAGGAACUGUAUCGGGGCAUGCUUGGUACUGGACGAGUAAUUUGGCGGGAAGAUGGAAUCCGAGGUUUAUAUCAAGGACUGGGUCCCAUGCUGCUGGGAUACCUUCCGACGUGGGCUGUCUAUCUGGCUGUUUACGAUCGUUCCCGGGAAUAUUUCUAUGAGACUACUGACAGCUGGUGGCUUUCCAGAGGGUACGCGUCUCUGACAGCUGGCGCCUGCUCUACACUUGCGACGAACCCGAUCUGGGUCAUCAAGACGCGGCUUAUGUCCCAAAGCCUUAGAUCUAGCAGUGAAGGGCUUCGGGCCCCGUGGCAGUAUAACAGCACCUGGGAUGCCGCUCGGAAGAUGUACAGGACUGAAGGGAUUCGCUCAUUUUAUUCGGGACUCACGCCGGCGCUAUUAGGCUUGACGCAUGUCGCCAUUCAGUUUCCCCUAUACGAAUACUUGAAGAUGGCUUUCACCGGAUAUGGGAUCGGGGAGCAUCCUGACAACGGCAGUUCUCACUGGAUCGGAAUCACUGCCGCCACUUUUCUUAGCAAGGUCUGCGCUAGUACCGUCACCUAUCCACACGAAGUGCUUCGGACGAGACUUCAGACUCAGCAGCGGACGUCUCCAGCAUCCUCCCCAGAGGAAAUUGCGUUCCGGGGUGGAUUGGACCAUCCCCCGGAUCGUGGUCGCCCUCCAGGCGCGGCUUCCUCGGACGGAAUGCCCAAUCGGCCGCGAUACACUGGAAUUAUCCGCACUUGCCAGACGAUUCUCAGAGAAGAAGGCUGGCGUGCAUUUUACUCUGGAAUUGGCACGAAUUUGUUCCGUGCUGUACCGGCUGCGAUGACUACCAUGCUUACCUAUGAAUACCUCCGGAAGGCCAUUUCGCACAUACAACAUGAAGGAAAGCUGAAGCUGGAAGUGCAAGAGGGCAAAGCCAGCGACUCUUCUGAUGCGUUAUAAAUUACUAGAUCAUUAAAGUAUUGUUAUGAGGACAUGCAACGGAGGGAUGAUCGUGUUUGCUGCUUGUCGCUUAUCGGGCCAUUGAUGAUUGAAGAGAUUUGAGGCUCUUUUGUUGGCUUGCUUCCACGUUACACAUUGUUCUAUGGAUGAUACCUCGGCCUUGUAUCAAUGGUGGUGCCGGGGUAAAGUGACAGGCCCUGACAUGUGAAGCUUCGAUUGUUUCCUGUUCUUGUGGUUCGCCAUUUUGUGGUACUGAGCGUCUUCCCUUUUUCAUGAACAGAAUUAAGUCAUCAAUGCAAUUGUAUAUAGUCUGUCGUACAACACUUUCCUCUCUGUCAUAUUUUUCUGUUCUUUCCACUCUAUACUAGAUAGUAGCCAGGCUCUCCACUUUUGCCAAUAUCAGCUCCUUGG